GUCUGGUAGCAGAGCAGUUUUUGGAGUCGACAGCGACUCAGUUGUCGUAUCACGGCCUGUGUGAACUCAACACAACGGCCAAAGAGGGAGAGAUCUCCGUGUUCUUCAGAAACAACCACUUCAGUACCAUGAUCAAACACAAGGGUCACCUGUACCUGCUGGUGACGGAUCAGGGCUUCCUGCAGGAGGAGCCGCUGGUGUGGGAGUCUCUUCAUAACGUCGAAGGCGACGGGAACUUCUGUGACUCCGACUUCAGACUGUGUCAUCAAAGAGCUCCGCCCACCGCCGCCCCCGCUGCACAGGAACAACAGAGACAGAUCGACCAGGACUACCUGGUGGCAGUGUCCCUGCAGCAGCAGGGCGGGGCCCUGGGGCCCCUCAGUGACCUGGAGUUGGCCCGACAGCUUCAACAGGAAGAAUAUCAGCAACAGCAGCAACUCCAACAGCAGCCACAACAGCAGGGGGCAGUGCAGACACAACAGGUCAGAGGUCAAGGGUCACAGCAAACGAGGAGGAGAGAGAAGGACUCCGACUGCGUUCUCCUGUAGACACACACACACACACACACACACACA